AUGAUCAAGCUCCGGAAUAUCGGGCCCAGCGAGUGGGAACUUUGGAAACAUGAAAGACUAGCCGCACUUGCGGAAGCACCACAUGCAUUCCAUUCAAAACUCGUCGAGUGGGAGAAUAUGCCGGAACAACGGUGGCGUGCCCGGCUCAGCAUUCCUGGUGCUUACCAAGUCCUUGCUUUUCUCGACGGCAAGGCAGUCGGCAUGGCCGGUGGGCUUCUUGCUGAUGAGCCGGAGGUCGCUGAACUCGUGUCUAUGUGGGUAGCUCCCGCAGCACGGGGCCGUGGAGUCGGGGAUGCACUGAUAGCUGCUGUUGAACAAUGGGCCCGCGGCACUGGCGCCUCUAGACUCAGGCUUGAAGUGGUAAAGCACAAUAACCCAGCUCGCAGCCUUUACAUCCGUAACGGGUUUGUCGAUGUUGAACUUGAACAUGAUGAGCUGGAACUAGGUAAUGGGUGCUUUAAUCGGGUUAUGUUUAAGCAAUUGCGUGUGACAGGCCCUCCUUUUGUUCGGACAGCCGCAACGGGCGAAGGAUCCGCGACGGUUGCGACGGCCAUACCGCAACCGCUAAUUGCGACUGCGACCUCGAGUCACCACGCCUCCGCCCGGGCCAGUGUCGAGCCCGCCUCGUGCGCCGAUUCGCCUACCAAACCACCAGCAGAGGCGCCGAAAUAUCAGAUGUGCCGCGCGUUGAAGACAGUGGAGUCGUCGUGGCGCGAAUGGACAGUCAGCCUGCAAGGGCGCUCAUCCAGUGAGGAGCUAGAUCGGAAGUGGGAGACGAAGUGGAGGUCGGACAGCCAGAGCGAGCUGCAAUGGUCCUCGCUACGGCACGAGGCUAUUCGAGAAAUCAAGCGAAUAGCGUCUGCGAAGCGAGUACCAUUGUAG